CUGUUCGCAGUAUGGAGACCUUUCCACUAUCGAAAGUGGUUUACAAUGAAACGAUGCAUCAACCUUAUAAUUCUGAGCUGGGUGGUGUUCAUCCUCAUGAUCAGUUAUACACUCGGCGUUUCUGCUUUGGUCAAGAUUCCUGCACUGAAUGAAUGGUCGGGAUGCAAAAUGGAGAGCUGCAUCAGAGCUAUGUACAGGAAUGUUGGAGAAGCAAAUUUCAAACCUGGUUAUGUCUUUAGAUCUCGAAACUUUGUCACGACAGGAGUGUACUUCUUUACCAUAAUAGUUUUCGCCAUAACUGUCUUGUUGAUUCGACGAGCGCAGAGAUUCGUUGACUCAUUCAAAAGGGAUUCAAACAAUUCCGAAGGAGGGCGUCGAGUACGAUUUCCUCUCUGGAAACUAGCCCUGAAUGUUGCUACAUUUGCUUUCCUCUAUUUGUUAUACGUCAUUUGGUGCAUCGGUCUGUUGCUGAACACUGACCAGUGCUAUUUCCAACGCAACUACCCGGAAAUGAUGAGAUUGUUGGGUAUCGUGCGAUUAAGUCUUCUGCUACGUAUCAUAGUCGAUCCGAUCUUGUCAUUCCUAACUGAUUUCCAG